AUGAGCUGGUGGUCAUCUUCGGCCAACACGGCACUGGAUGAGCAGAUUGAAAGGGCAACGAGUAGCAGCCUAGAGGACAUUGCUUUGAACCUUGAAAUCUCCGACAUCAUCAGAUCCAAGACUGUGGCCCCAAAGGAGGCGAUGCGGUCCCUCAAGAAGCGCAUCGGAAACAAGAACCCAAAUACUCAACUAAGUGCCUUGAAUCUCACAGAUACAUGUGUUAAGAAUGGCGGAUCGCAUUUCCUUGCCGAAAUUGCUUCACGCGAGUUCAUGGACAACUUGGUAUCGCUUUUGCAAGCCGUCGGGGUUGUCGCCGUGAAUGCGGAUGUCAAGGCCAAGAUACUUGAGCUUGUACAGCAAUGGGCUGCCGCGACUGAGGGCAGAUACGACUUAUCCUAUAUUAACGAGGUUUACAAGACGUUACAACGUGAAGGAUACCAGUUUCCUCCUCGGGUGACUGUGGCGAGCAGCAUGAUUGACAGCAGUGCGCCUCCCGAAUGGGCGGAUUCCGACGUUUGUAUGCGCUGUCGAACGGCGUUUACGUUUACAAAUCGAAAACAUCACUGUAGAAAUUGCGGCAACUGCUUCGACCAACAAUGCUCCAGCAAGACGAUCCCGUUACCACACCUGGGCAUCCAUGCACCAGUUCGAGUUGACGACGGCUGUUAUGCCAAGCUGACGGGGAAGGGAUACAAAGAACUUGGCCCUCCCGACCGAUCACCGACGUAUCCACAUAAAACCCGAAGCACGUCGGCAAUGCAGCCUCGGAAUGCACGAGUGGACGACGGGUUCGAUGAAGACUUGAAGAAGGCUCUCGCGAUGAGUUUGGAAGAAGUGAAAAACAGUUCAAGAGGCUAUGCGGAACCAACGACAAACGGGACCAAGCCCACCAAGAGCUCAUCAAAGCAGGAGGAAGAGGAGGACGCAGAUUUGAAGGCCGCCAUUGCAGCGUCAUUGGCUGACAUGGAGGAGCAGAAGAAGAAGCAUGCGGCCGCGUUGAAGGAACAAACUUCGAGCCCCUCGGCUGGUUUGUCGUCGGGGCCAUUCGUCUUACCGAAGAACGACUACGAGUUGACUCCUGUCGAAGCUGAGAAUAUCAAUCUCUUCGCCACCUUGGUUGACCGUCUCCAAACUCAACCACCAGGAACGAUCUUGCGGGAGCCACAGAUCCAGGAGCUUUACGACAGUAUUGGCACCUUGCGGCCAAAGCUAGCGAGGACGUAUGGUGAGACCAUGAGCAAGCACGACACUUUACUUGAUCUCCAUGCCAAACUUUCCACCGUGGUUCGCUACUACGAUAGAAUGCUCGAAGAGCGCCUUUCGAAAGCUUACAGCCAGCAAAGCCUCGGCGGCUACAACCUGCCCCCGCCUCGUCAACCUGCAGGUCCAUAUCCGUCCAUGCCACCACAACCUCAUAGCAAUCCAGGUGUCACAGAAAGUUUCUACACUGGACAAGUGCCUCCCAAUUUUCAAGCACCCCCUGCUCAAUCAUACCAGCAGCAGCAGCAACCUCCACAAGCAACCCCUCAACCUCAGUUUUCUGGUUACAGCCAACCUCCAGAACCACAUCAGGGCCAGUAUGCACCACCGCAGAGGACAGAUAGCUGGCAAGGACGGGUUCCAUCUGCACCUCAAGAUCCUUAUCAACCACAACAAGCGCCUUCGGAACCAGCACAAAGAAUAGGAACGCCGCAGCAAGCUCCUGUUUCGCCGUCGACGGAGCGCCGGGCUUCGUACUAUUUCAGCUCCCAGCAGCAGCAGCAACCACAACCACAGCAGCAGCAGCAGCAGCAGCAGCAGCCAGUAACGACGCCGUCUGGUCCGUCUGCUCCUGGGCCGGUUCCGGAUGCAACACAGUCCCCGUAUCCUAAUCUCCAGCAGUCGCUACAGUAUCAGCAGCCAGCCUCUGUUGGCGCUGUUCCUGCCCAGUCGACCCCAAUACAGCCUCAUGCUCAACCAGCUCAGCCUGCUCGUCGACCUUCACAACCACAGGCACAGCUGCAAUCACAGCAAACUCCGAUAGCUCGACAACAGCAACCGGUACAGCCACAACAACCAGCCCAGCAGCAGUAUUGGCAACCUUCCACUGCCCAAACUCCCCAGCAAACUCCCCAGCAGCCACCAGCGGCACCUCAGUCUUGGGCAUAUAGCGGAUACCAACAGCCUACGUUCCCGUCGGUGCCACAGCAUGAGCCUGUUAAGAAACCUGUACAAGAGGAAGCUCUCAUCGAAUUUUAA